GCUGGGUCUGCAGGGCGAGCGUUCUGCAGCAUGGAUGCGGCGGAGUUGGGAGCUUUUACUCCCGAGCAAGCGGCGGCUCCUGUAAAUACGGUGGAGGAAAAAUGGAGACUACUUCCAGCUUUUUUGAAGGUAAAAGGACUUGUAAAGCAACAUAUAGAUUCAUUCAAUUAUUUCAUCAAUGUAGAGAUAAAGAAAAUAAUGAAAGCCAAUGAAAAAAUUACAAGUGAUGCUGAUCCAAUGUGGUAUUUAAAAUAUCUCAAUAUUUAUGUGGGCACUCCAGAUGUUGAAGAAAGCUUCAAUGUAACAAGACCUGUUUCUCCUCAUGAGUGUCGCUUGAGAGAUAUGACUUAUUCUGCCCCAAUUACAGUGGACAUUGAAUAUACUCGAGGCAGCCAAAGAAUUAUUCGUAAUGCAUUACCCGUUGGCAGGAUGCCGAUAAUGUUACGUAGUUCCAAUUGUGUUCUCACUGGGAAAACUCCAGCAGAAUUUGCGAAGCUUAACGAGUGUCCUUUAGAUCCAGGCGGCUACUUCAUUGUCAAAGGAGUGGAAAAGGUCAUUCUUAUCCAAGAGCAGUUAUCGAAAAACCGAAUAAUAGUGGAAGCUGACAGAAAAGGAACAGUUGGGGCAUCAGUUACCAGUUCUACGCAUGAGAAGAAGAGCAGAACAAAUAUAACUGUGAAGCAAGGAAGGUUUUAUCUGAAGCAUAACACCCUUUCAGAAGAUAUUCCUAUAGCAAUAAUCUUUAAGGCCAUGGGGGUUGAGAGUGACCAAGAGAUUGUGCAGAUGAUUGGAACAGAAGAGCACGUGAUGGCUGCGUUUGGCCCCAGCUUGGAGGAAUGCCAAAAAGCUCAGAUUUUCACACAGAUGCAGGCAUUGAAAUAUUUGGGAAAUAAAGUCCGAAGGCAGCGAAUGUGGGGCGGUCCCAAGAAAACCAAGAUGGAGGAAGCAAGAGAGUUGUUGGCAACAACUAUUCUUGCCCAUGUGCCGGUAAAAGAAUUCAACUUCCGCUCCAAGUGCAUCUAUACAGCUGUGAUGGUCCGCAGGGUGAUUCUAGCUCAAGGAGAUAACAAAGUGGAUGACAGAGAUUAUUAUGGAAACAAGAGGCUGGAACUAGCAGGACAGCUUCUGUCCCUUCUAUUUGAAGACUUGUUUAAAAAAUUCAACUCUGAAUUGAAGAAAAUUGCUGACCAAGUAAUUCCCAAGCAAAGAGCUGCCCAGUUUGAUGUAGUUAAGCACAUGCGGCAAGAUCAGAUAACCAAUGGUAUGGUGAAUGCCAUCUCUACAGGAAAUUGGUCACUGAAGAGAUUCAAGAUGGAUCGACAGGGUGUGACUCAAGUAUUGUCACGGUUGUCCUAUAUAUCUGCUUUGGGGAUGAUGACAAGGAUUUCUUCUCAGUUUGAAAAGACCAGGAAAGUGAGUGGGCCCCGAUCUCUGCAGCCAUCUCAGUGGGGAAUGCUGUGCCCAUCAGAUACUCCUGAAGGAGAGGCCUGUGGCUUGGUUAAAAACCUAGCACUGAUGACUCAUAUUACUACUGACAUGGAAGAUGGCCCUAUUAUUAAGUUAGCUAGUAACCUUGGAGUAGAAGAUGUAAACCUUCUGUGUGGAGAGGAACUUUCAUAUCCAAACGUGUUUCUUGUUUUCCUUAAUGGUAACAUCCUUGGUGUCAUUCGAGAUCAUCAGAAACUGGUCUACACAUUCCGGCUGAUGCGUAGAGCAGGCUAUAUAAAUGAAUUUGUUUCAAUCUCCACAAAUCUUGCAGACAGAUGUGUCUAUAUUUCUAGUGAUGGUGGAAGGCUAUGUAGACCCUAUAUUAUUGUGAAGAAACAAAAACCUGCUGUAACAGAAAAACAUAUGGAAGAACUUGCGCAAGGUUAUAGGAAUUUUGAAGACUUUUUACAUGAAAGCCUUGUUGAAUAUUUGGAUGUGAAUGAGGAAAAUGAUUGCAACAUUGCACUCUAUGAACAUACAAUCAAUAAAGAAACAACACACUUGGAGAUUGAACCUUUUACUCUUCUUGGAGUCUGUGCUGGUCUUAUUCCAUAUCCCCACCAUAACCAGUCUCCAAGAAACACUUACCAGUGCGCUAUGGGAAAGCAAGCUAUGGGUACCAUUGGCUACAAUCAGAGGAACAGGAUUGAUACCCUUAUGUAUCUAUUAGCAUAUCCACAAAGACCAAUGGUUAAGACAAAAACAAUAGAACUGAUCGAGUUUGAAAAACUGCCGGCUGGACAGAAUGCCACUGUUGCUGUGAUGAGUUACAGUGGUUAUGACAUUGAGGAUGCUCUGGUUUUAAACAAGGCUUCUUUAGACAGAGGCUUUGGAAGGUGCCUUGUGUACAAAAAUGCUAAGUGUACUCUGAAGCGUUACACAAACCAAACAUUUGACAAAGUAAUGGGGCCCAUGCUGGAUGCAGGAACACGCAAACCAAUUUGGCGGCAUGAAAUUUUAGAUGCUGAUGGUAUUUGCUCUCCAGGUGAAAAAGUAGAAAACAAGCAAGUACUUGUGAAUAAGUCAAUGCCCACGGUGACCCAAACCCCUUUGGAAGGGAGCAGCGCAUCUCAGCAAUCUCAGUAUAAAGAUGUGCCAGUAAUUUACAAAGGUGCAACUGAUUCGUACAUUGAAAAGGUCAUGAUAUCUUCCAAUGCAGAAGAUGCUUUUUUAAUCAAAAUAUUGCUAAGGCAAACCAGGCGCCCAGAAAUUGGAGACAAGUUUAGCAGUCGUCAUGGACAAAAAGGAGUCUGUGGACUGAUUGUACCUCAGGAAGACAUGCCAUUUUGUGAUUCAGGAAUCUGCCCUGAUAUCAUUAUGAAUCCCCAUGGCUUCCCAUCACGUAUGACGGUGGGAAAACUUAUUGAACUUCUGGCAGGUAAAGCUGGAGUCCUAGAUGGCAGAUUUCAUUAUGGAACGGCAUUCGGUGGCAGUAAAGUUAAAGAUGUAUGUGAAGAUCUUGUUCGUUAUGGCUAUAACUAUUUGGGGAAGGAUUAUGUAACAUCUGGCAUCACAGGGGAACCCUUAGAAGCCUAUAUCUAUUUUGGCCCUGUAUAUUAUCAGAAACUGAAGCACAUGGUGCUGGAUAAGAUGCAUGCAAGAGCUAGAGGACCCAGAGCAGUUCUUACCAGGCAGCCCACUGAAGGCCGAUCCCGUGAUGGGGGACUGCGUCUGGGAGAAAUGGAAAGAGACUGCUUGAUAGGUUAUGGAGCCAGCAUGCUCUUAUUGGAGAGGCUUAUGAUUUCAAGUGACGCAUUUGAAGUAGAUGUAUGCGGUCAGUGUGGAUUACUGGGCUACUCUGGCUGGUGCCAUUACUGCAAAUCUUCAUGCCAUGUCUCCUCUCUGCGUAUACCAUAUGCAUGUAAGCUUCUCUUCCAAGAACUUCAAUCUAUGAACAUUAUACCCAGAUUAAAAUUGGCCAAGUACAAUGAAUAAACAAACGACAAGCAAAGAAAGAAGAAGCAGGCGGAAGUGUAAUCCGAACAAGUUUAAGUGGAAGUGCUAAACCACAUAGGCCACAAGUUCUUCUUGGUUUUCUUUUCCCUCUUUGGCUGGGAAACAGUCCUCAAGAGAAUGUUAGAAGCUGUGUUUAUCCGUGACAAACAGCUAGAGGUUUUCUAUAGAAGAUGAAAAAGGAAAUAGAUGCAGCAUCAUGGUAUCCUUUGAAUUGCAUGGAAGCACUACAGAUCAACCAUUUGUAGCAGAACAAGCAACAUAAAUACAAACAUAUAUAAAUAAAUAAACAUUUGGAACAGCAAUACCCUGUUAAAAUAAGUGAAGUUUAAAGGACCAACUUUUGAUAUUUUGGUGACUGAAACGUAGUUUGUAAUAAGUGGAAGUUCUUUUCCCAUACCAAGUAUAGUUUUUUUUUAAUGUU